UGUCGCCCAUGGCAAUGAUGAUGGCGACCCUUGCGCGCAACCCAAACAACUUUCGGUACGCCUCUUGCACCUUCAAUGACACGUGGACCACCGUGAAGGGGCGUGUGGACUUCCGACAGUUCUUGCUAGGCGAGGGCCAGCAGCAGGUGCAGGUGCGCCUCCAGCUUUCCGGACUUCCGGUGGCCAGUAGCGAGGUGGAGCGCGGGAUCCACGUGCACGACUACGGGGACAUUGGGGCCGGAUGCUCGCGUGUGGGACCCCACUUCAACCCGGGCAAUACCCAGCACGGGUCGCAAAGGAACUUUGCAUACCUCCGUCACGUGGGUAACCUUGGUAACAUCCGACAGUCCACCGACGGCCUGGUAUCCACACAGUUUGUUGACGGGGUUAUCGCGCUAGAGGGCACUAACGAUAUCGUCGGAAGAUCGUUCGUAAUCAAGCUCGAGCGUGACGACGAGGGUGUGGGUGGCUCACGUGACAGUCGCGUGAACGGAAACACGCGGACGCCCAUCGCCUGCUGCGUCAUUGGGCGCACUACUGCCGCCAACUGGUACAAUCCGAUGUCAGCUGCCGAUAUACAGAACAUGGCGAGGACGGGCCUGAUGCCGGAAAACAGGAUUGAUCCGUUUGCGAUGAACACAAACAUAGACAUGGGCCAGGGAGGCCCGGGAACCGGACCCAUGGGACCGUUCCCUGGUCAACCCGGAAGUGGCUUCCCGCCAGGCAUGGUCCCACAAGGCGGUAUUGGACCUGGCGGACCGACAGUUGGAGGCGGUCCGUUCCCGGGCCCAUUUGGUCCAGGUCAAAACCCCUUUGGUUUUGGAGCUCAAACUGGACCCAAUGACCAAAGACCCAAUUUCGGCGGUCCAAUUGGCGGCAUUCCUCCCCUUGGAUUCCCACAAACAGGUGGACGGCCUGGAUUUGGCCGAAUUGAUCCAUCUGGUUCAACUGACAUGAACGGUUUUGGGCCUGGUCCACAGGGCUUUGGGCCUAUAGGUUUUGGGCAAGGUCAGUCUGCUGCUGGCAGACCCCCCAACCCUCAGACGGGCUUCAGUCCCCAAGGAGGACAAAGUUUCCAGCCUAUUGACCAACAGGGUGGGUUCAUGACUGGCGGUUUCCCACAGGGUGGAUUCGCACAGGGUAGCGGACCAACUCAGAAUAGCUUCAACCAAGGUGGCUUUCAGGGGCCUGGUUCCCCACAGGGAUCCACCCUAUUUGGACCCGGCACUUUAACACCCGGUUUUGGGCCCGGUCCCCAGAGUGGCGGAUUUGGGCCUGUAGGUUUCGGGCAAGUUAGGCCUGCUGCAGGCAGACCUGCCACCCCUCAGACAGGCUUCGGUCCCCAGGGAGGUCAGAGUUUCCAGCCAAUGGACCCACAGGGUGGAUUAACCCAGGAUGGUUUCUCACAGGGUGGCGGAUCAACUCAGAAUGGCUUCAGCCAAGAAGGCUUCCAGGCUGGCUCUCCACAAGGGGCCACCCAGUUUGGAUCUGGCAGUUUUACACCCGGAGCUGCACAGGGGCAAACGUUCAAUUUCAAUCAACAGGGAAAGAGGAAAUAGGACAACAUUUAGUGAUUGAAAGAAUUGAUGGCUGGAUUGUGUUAUCCAUAAAUGAAUCAGCGUGUUAUGUUUUGUUUAACAUUUUAAUACAAUUGGGUUGAGACAUUCUGCAGAUGA